AUGGAGGCAGCCAAAGCGGACGCUGAUCGCACCAGCCCUCCCAUUCAUCUCUAUGCCGAGCAUCUACGAAACAUUCGAACUCUGAGUGUCCAAGCCACUUUUGCCACUCAUUCGAAUAAGGAGACCAAAGCUACCCUUUCAGUCGACGGCAGCUUGCUUAAAGUAAGCCAUGAGGGCGAGGAAGCCUGCAUUCGGCUUCCUGUAAGCAUACCGGGAGGCCACAGUGAUGCUACCCUAACCAUACCCGAAGCACCAAGCAAGAGUCUCUCCUUCCGCCUGAAGAUUGAGGAGAACCGUGGUACAGAUGGGCUGCUCGGUAAUGGUAACCAAGAUGACGAAAAUAUCGUCCCAUGGGCGGCCAGCGAUCUGUCUGCGGAAACCGAUAUCUGCUGUGCCGAAUGUAGAACCACUUUGGUUGAACGCCAUCAAAUCCAGCAAUGGAAGGACCUGCCCUCCGACGGCUGGGCAGAAUUGAUGGACUUCUGGCAUUGUCACAAGCCGGAUGUUCCACACGACCAUGGCCACGACCAUGCUUCACAGCCAGAUCUCACUAGUCGGCGAAUUACUGAAAGCAGCCAACUGAAAGUGCAGCCUAGCGUAGGUCUGGUAGGCCCGACCUUCUUCCUGCUUGCUGCUGAGGACUGCCCAACACUCUCGGUAAGCUUGUACUUCCCUGCUCUCUACUAUGUUCUCCAUUUGUUUCUAUUCGCUGUGGGCUCAAAGAACCGCCUCUUUCGGCCUCGCGGUCACCGUCAGUGGAAGUUGCUGGGAUACAAGAGCCCAAAAGCGAGUUGAUCGCACACACACCAGCUUCAACCUGUGCUGCGGCGGUGGUCGAACUGGCUGUAGUGCAUCAGUCUAGCGUUCUGGGGUUGAGUCCGGAAGCGCAUGGGCUUGACCAAUAUACGACCUAGAUACAUAUAGAGUCUGUUUCAGGACAGACAUAAAGUACGUCUUCAGAACGAACUGCGCCUCGCACACACGAAGUCUUGCGCUGUCCCACAUGUCACUUGACAGUCGGCAUUCC